AUGGAUUCAAGGGAUCGCGAUUCAAACAGUUCCUUGACGCUCGCUGGACCAAAGGUGCCCGAGUUCGGAUUGGGUCAUGAUCGAUGGCUCGAUCUUGUUUCACGUUAUACGUCAAUGUCUCUAACAAAUCCCAGCGACAAAUUGGUUGCACUCUCCGGCAUCGCCAAACGACGGGUAGCACAUACUCAGGACGACUACAUGGCUGGCAUGUGGCGAAAGAACAUAUUACACCAUCUUCUAUGGUACAUGCGGAGGAAUGUUGCGAUCCGUGAUCAGAACAUUCAGGGUCGCCACGCGAGUUACCGUGCUCCAACUUGGUCAUGGGCGUCGACAGAUCAUCCUGUUGAAAUAUUCCCACGGAUGGCUCUUGACACAUGUCUCUACCAGGUAGCGGACCUUCAUCUUACUUAUGCAACUGAAGAUACAACCGGACCCGUUACUAGUGGAUGGAUCGAGCUGCGCGGUCAUCUAAAGCAUACGCAGCUCAUAUGGCACGAAGGCGGCGGGGACAGCAACAACCUAGACGAACCUUGCUGGCACAUGAUGAUCGACGACGAGAGCAACCUAUGGUAUUCAUGGAUCAAUCUCGACAACCCUCCGGUAAACAAAAAAGCUUUUGAUGGCGAUAAUGCAAACGGGAGACUGUUUUACAUGCCAACUGCCAAAAUCAGUACCGUGUUCAACCCAGAUGCAGGCAUCUCAUUGCUGUUUCGCGUCGUUGAUUCAAGUCUUGGGAUUUUCGAAAGACUUGGGUAUGGUUAUUGGAGUGGGGUUCGAGAUAAGCAGCUGCAGUAUACGAACGCCAUCCUUGCCGACCUCGGCGAAGAAGUAAAGCAAAGCCUACCAUGCGUACGCUACGAAGAUGGAUUGCACACGAUUCGCGUCAUUUAG